ACAAACGAGCUUUUUCAAGUUACCCACAACUUGAGGCGAGCCCAGACCCCUCACAAGAAUCAAUUCGAUCUCUUCGGAAGUGAAGAAGACGGAUGGUUCAGUGGAAAAAGACUCAACAACAACAAAAUCGAGAGAAUGUUGGAAAUGGGGAUAUCUAAGAACAGCAUGGACCAAGAGUUCGAACUCGAUGACCAAUUGAGAACUCGUUUCUACAAGGGAAGAUUCACCAAAGAGGCCGAUGGCUUGGAUAUUCUGUUGAAUAGCUAUCUUGAACAAGGUACUUCUCAGUCAAACGAGAAUAAGGAGAACUUGACCCCGUUCCCCGACCCCUUGAAAACAGUCAAGAACAAGCAAAUGAACUCGAUCAAGAAAUCAAGCAAAAUCUUCUUCCGAUCCCCAAGGAGAAAUACCUCCAUACCGAUUCUCAAGCCCUUGAGUAAUAUCACCAAUAUAGAGAGAAAAGAAUUCGUUGUCAAAAGAGAUACCAAAGCACCCACACGAACCAGUAUACCCCAGCAUAGAACCAAGUUCACCUUGAGACCUUCAAUCAAGUACCACGACCCAAGACUUAAUAUUUUCAUUGUUGAUUCCCUGUCGGGACUGAUUAAUGAUGCGACCAAGUUUGGCACUGAAUUGAAUGCAUCCAACUGUGAGGAUUUCCCUUUGCCCGAAGAUGCCAACGAAAUUGUCCAGAUUCCUACCAAUGAUGAUAAGUCUAAGGCCCAAAAAAUGGCAAUCAUCAAGGUGUACCCUAGUAAGUUCUACCACCAG